UCUUGAUCAUAAAUAUAAAGGUCCCACCUUUGCCCCUGAAAAGUAUAGGAAUAUUGAGAGGAGGACAGCACCUCUUACUGCAACAUCAGAGAAGCCCUCUGGGAAACUGAAGAAAACACAGCCCAUUAGUCUUGCCUAAGAGACUUCAGCUGCCCUUGGUGGAAACAGAGACCAGGACAAACAAAGAAAGAGGGAAAGAGAAAGAAACACAAUGCGGACCCUCAUCAUUCUUGCACUCCUGGCUGUCCUGAUGAUGGCAGCGUUCUGCUAUGAGUCCCAUGAGAGUAUUGAAUCACAUGAAUUAACAAGUCCUUUCAUUAACAGAAGACAUGCCAGCAUUUUCAUGAGAACUCCACCUGAGAACAGGAGGAAUCCUUAUCUGUAUGAAAGGAUCAGAGGCCGUAACAAGAGCACCCAGGAGCGUCAGAGGGAGGCCUGUGAAGAUUACUAUCCCUGUGACACUUAUGCUCUGCGCUAUGGCUAUGCCGCUGCCUACAAGCGCUUCUUUGGGCAAAGAAGGGGCAAGUAAAAAAGGAUCAGGAGUCUCCAUUCCCAGUGCCUGGCGCCUGGAAUCUUCAUCUACAGAGAGAGUGAUAUCUCUGAAAUGUAUUGUUGCUUGUUAACUGUAUGUUAUUCCACCUGCUUCUUCAUUCUUCUGUAACCAAUGAGUCCUAAUAUUAUUUCAGUUUGCACAAUGCUGAUGUAGUGGUGGCUGAGCGGGGAAGGAUGUGGGUUUUUAUUACAAAAUAAAUGGCUGGUUUGAUACUGUU